AUUCAGGAAUACCUUGUCUAUGACAACCGCCGAUUGCAGCCCUGCUCGUGCAGCCCUGGCAGUAUACGUGUCGUCGUCGCUUUCACAUUCGUUUUGUUAUUUUUGGCUGAAAAGUGCGACGUGUGCUCCACAACAACAACACAGAAAAUGGCUCCUCCACAGAGAAUGCGCGUCGCCAACGAGAAGGCCAGCAAAUAUGUGACAAUGCGUGGCAAUGUACCCAAAUCCUCGAAAACGAAAGAGGGCCAAUAUCCUGUGGGACCUUGGCUCCUGGCGCUUUUCAUCUUCGUGGUCUGCGGCUCGGCCAUUUUCCAGAUCAUUCAGUCGAUACGCGCCGCGUAAGGAAGGAAACACAAUCAUAAUAACACACAUAAAGCAGCCGCAUCUGGAGGAAGAUAAUAGACCCUUCCGGAUCCUCCACUUGCUACUCCCAAAGCCUUUCCAGAACACCCUUCCUAGCUCUAGCUGAAUAGUCCCCGCCCGGAAACAUGUGCAACCAGAGGAUGACCCGAAAUAACUUGGCUUUACACAGUUUAUUUUCGUGUCUGCAAUAUCUACUCUUAUAAAACACAUACAAAAUUUAAGUCCACUUAA